UGUGUUGGCCCACCGGGAAAAGACUGGUACGCGCGAUUACCAGUCCACUACUAGUGGAGUCCUCAUAAUAUAAAUGAGCCGGUCUCUCUUUUUCCAGACAGACUUGGACGAGACACCAGCAAGCUGCUUACGUGACGGACAUUCACAGGAACAAGGAAAACACAGGUUGACUAAAUAAUCAGAAAUGGGGAACGUACCAUCAGAAUGUAACAUGGGCGACCGCCUGAGAUGCUGCAAGUGCAAUAAAGUCCUGCCUCCAUGCAAAUCCUUCGAUGAUUUAUACCGAAGUACUGUUCAUGGGCGGGACGUAUAUGUGUUCAAUGGAGGUGAAUACUACAGACCAGUUGGCUACGAUAUGUACGAGUGUGAUUAUUGCUUUAAUAAGCCAAUCAGGGAUCAAGAGGAGCGACAGAGGAGAGAGGAGGAGAAGAGAAGAGAAGAGGAGAGACAGAGGAGAGAGGAGGAGAGACAGAGGAGAGAGGAGGAGAAGAGAAGAGAAGAGGAGAGACAGAGGAGAGAAGAGGAGAGACAGAGAAGAGAGGAGGAGAAGAGAAGAGAAGAAGAGAGACAGAGGAGAGAAGAGGAGAAGAGAAGAGAAGAAGAGAGACAGAGGAGAGAAGAGGAGAAGAGAAGAGAAGAAGAGCGACGGAGGAGAGAGGAGGAGAAGAGAAGAGAAGAGGAGCGACGGAGGAGAGAGGAGGAGAAGAGAAGAGAAGAGGAGAAGAGGAGAAGAGAAGAAGAGAGACAGAGGAGAGAGGAGGAGAGACAGAGGAGAGAGGAGGAGAAGAGAAGAGAAGAGGAGAGACAGAGGAGAGAAGAGGAGAGACAGAGAAGAGAGGAGGAGAAGAGAAGAGAAGAAGAGAGACAGAGGAGAGAAGAGGAGAAGAGAAGAGAAGAAGAGCGACGGAGGAGAGAGGAGGAGAAGAGAAGAGAAGAGGAGCGACGGAGGAGAGAGGAGGAGAAGAGAAGAGAAGAGGAGAAGAGGAGAAGAGAAGAAGAGAGACAGAGGAGAGAAGAUGAGAGACAGAGGAGAGAGGAGGAGAGGAGAAGAGAAGAGGAGCGACAGAGGAGAGAGGAGAAGAGGAGAAGAGAAGAGGAGAGACAGAUGAAAGAACAGCAAAGAGCAAGAGAGGCUGAAGAGAAGAAGAGACAAGAAGAACUGAAUCAAAGACUUCAAGAAUCCCACCAACGAGCCAACGAGCAGCAGGAGAAACAACUGAGCAGCGACAUUUCAGAAGAAUAUGAGUCCAAGCGAGACGAAGAGGAGAGGAGGAAUGAGGAUCAAGAGGAGCGGCAGAGGAGAGAAGAGGAGAAGAGAAGAGAAGAGGAGCGACAGAGGAGAGAGGAGGAGAAGAGAAGAGAAGAGGAGAGACAGAGGAGAGAAGAGGAGAAGAGAAGAGAGAGGAGGACGGAGGAGAGAGAGGAGAAGAGAAGAGAAGAGGAGAAGAGGAGAAGAGAAGAAGAGAGACAGAGGAGAGAAGAUGAGAGACAGAGGAGAGAGGAGGAGAGGAGAAGAGAAGAGGAGCGACAGAGGAGAGAAGAGGAGAAGAGAAGAGAAGAAGAGCGACAGAUGAAAGAACAGCAAAGAGCAAGAGAGGCUGAAGAGAAGAAGAGACAAGAAGAACUGAAUCAAAGACUUCAAGAAUCCCACCAACGAGCCAACGAGCAGCAGGAGAAACAACUGAGCAGCGACAUUUCAGAAGAAUAUGAGUCCAAGCGAGACGUUCUAAUAUGGCAUCUGGAUGAGUUUGAGGCUAACUAUGAAUCAGGCAGUGAUGAGCUUCUAGAAAUCCUCUCUUUGAAAUGCAGUUUCCCAGUUCCAAAUCUCAGUCUCACUCAGCUGACAGCUGAUCAGCUGGAGAAGAUCAUGUCAGUCCUGGACAAACUUCUGUUUGAUGAAUGGAUUAGUGCUCCCCCAUCCCUCAGCACUCUGCAGCACACUCAGGUGUUCAUCACAGAGCUGUGUGCCUUGUCUCUGGAGAUAUCCGAGGGAGUUUCCCUACAAAGCAUCUCCAGUCGUGUGCAGUCCCUGGUGGAGUCCAUCAGCCAAUCAGCAUGUGAUGUUUUUGAGAGUUUCCUGCUGACUCAAGCCCUGUAUGUGAACCUGAUGCACUUUUUCACUGACUACGACAGCUCUGAUACUGAUGCAGUCGUCAUAGCCAAACAAUGGGCUGAACACGAGCUUUCUACUGAGCAGCUCUUUCUUAUAGAAUUCCUGAGCACCCUCACAUCAUCACUGCAGAAUGCAGUUGAAAGAGCCUCUGUGUUCAUUUUAAAGAUGGAAAUGCAGUGCUUGAAGCUUCUCUUAUCCACACUCACACAACUAAAUGGCAAAGAAACCCAUUCAGAAUCCACUAAAAUGCUCCUCAGACUUGUGCAAACAAACCAUUGGACCCCAACGGAGGCGAUGACUCUGCUCAAAGCACUGUCACAGAAAUAUGCAGAGGAUGUUUCAAUAACUGAAGUCCUUACGUUGGUACAAGUGUACGACAUAUCGCCUGAGUGGACGGAUGAGUCCGGACGAUCUCUCAUCCAUGCUCUUGACUUUGCUGGCCCUGAGAGAUUUUAUCAGGAUUUCCAAAAGACUGUCAGAAGGGAAGAUGAGAGCAGUCUAGUUGCAGCUCUAGCAGAAUUAAAAAUGUUAUGGAAUUUGGAUGAUUCUGUGAUUGAUAUGAUAAAAAACAUUACCAGUGGCGUCCGGCAAUAUUCAGAAAAUGCACCAAAAGAUGCACCAUUUAUGAAAGAUUCCUUUAAAUGUGUAACCUUGAAUGCAGAUGACAUACAGAACUCUCUGGCUCAGCUCUGCAAAGCAGUUUUUGACACAAAAGGCUGGUGGCCCACAGGGAGUCAGAUGCUGCGGUGGUGUGCAUUGGUGCUGACUGAGAAGAGUGGAGCGCUACAACUGGUUGGUGUGGAAGAAGACUCAUGUGUCACAGCCAUGUUUGCAGCCGCACAAGUCUGCAUGGGAAACAAACUGGACAUUGUGCUGAGCUCUGAUGUUCACUCAGAGGAGCGAACUAAGGAGUGGUCUGACUUCUACACACACCUUGGAAUUUCUGUCAACACAAACUUGAAGAAAACCAAUGCAUCAUACAGGGAUGUCUAUGAAGCGGACAUUGUGUACGGUACCAUCAAUGACUUUGUCUCUGAUUACUUUCAGUACGGCAUAGAGGUGAUGGAAACAGGGAACCCUCAGCUUAGUCGUGGAUUUAUCAUUGAAGAACAAAGUCUCAGUUCUUCCCAUAAUCUGCAACUUUCAAGGCUCAAGGACAAUGAUUCCCUGGUGUUUGCUGCAGAGGUCCUGCAAAGCCUCAUGGGCAAACUUCACAGUGAAGAUAUGGAACUGAGAAACAGGUUUAUUAAGGCUCUUUUUCAGGUACUCCACACCAACCUAAACAAAGACACAAAGGCUGACAAUAAAAUCAUCACCAUCUCAAAGAAAAUUACUGGAAAGGGAUUGGCUUCUGAUGAGGUCUUUGUUCUGACCUUUCUUGAGAAUCUCCUGAGAGUGGUUACUGAAGAACCAGAAAGUGAGAAUAACGGGACAUCUCCAGCAGGCAAAUGGUGUUUGGAGAUAUUAUUUGCCUGUGUGGAGCAUUUCCAAGCCUCAAAAGCACAAACCAAGGAACUCUUGCAGAUGGUUUCAAAUCUUGGAGCACAAAGCCUUUGGUCACCCGUAGAGAUCUUAAACCUCCUUGGAGCAUUGACUGACCACCAUCAUGAUGAAGACUGUAUUUCCAUCAUGAAGAUUUUACAUUUAAUGGCAACAUAUCAAGUGUCUUCCAAGUGGACAGAUGAGAAAAACCAAUCUCUCCUUAAGCUCUUAGAUUCAUCUAGAACUGACAAACUGAUCCAGCAUUUAGAAAAGAGCCUUAGAGACGAGAAAAUAAAAAGCAUUGACACUCUUUUUGACGAAAUACGGCAGAUGAAAGACAUUGAUGAACAAACACUGAGUAAAUCAUACAGUAUAGUAACUCAUGUAACAAACCUGAUCGAAACCGGGGAAAUUGAAAACCACACAGAUGUACAGCGAGCUAGGAAUCUGAGUCACAGCACGGACACAGAAGACCUUCAGGAGUUCCUGGCAGUCUUAUGCAAUGCUGCGCACCUGCACAACUUUGAAGGGAAGUGGUGGCCCAGAGCCACUCAGAUGAUCAGCUGGUGCCUCUUGGCCUUGUCUGACACUGGGAAGCUCCUGGAGAUGGGCACUGGAGAAGGGAAGUCUUGUGUCAUAGCAAUGUUUGCAGUGCUGCGUGCGCUUCGGGGUGAAAAAGUAGAUGUGGUGUCCAGCUCUUCUGUGUUAUGUCAAAGAGAUGCAGAAGAAUGGACCAACUUCUACAAGUACUUUGGUGUGACAGCUGACACAAACACAAAUAAAACCGAAGAUGAAGAUCGAAAAAAAUGCUACCAGAAGGAUGUGGUCUAUGGAACUAUCGAAGCCUUUGCUGCAGAUCACCUUCGCCAGAUAUUUGAAAUGAAGGAUGUGAGGCCUGAUCGCAGCUAUCAGUGCAUCAUAAUCGAUGAAGUGGACUCACUGCUACUGGAUCAGGGAGUGCAGCUGACCUACCUGUCCAGUCCCAUGGUCUCCAUGCAGCACCUGAACAUUAUUCUGGCCAUGAUCUGGGGCCACGUCAGCCAAUAUGGCUUCCUGUCUGCAGGACACCAGACAUUUGUACAGGGUCCUCCUGCUUCAUUCUUCAAGGCCAUCUUUGACUCAAUAGACACAGAGGAAACUGAUAUUAAUGAUCCAAUGGACAUUUUACGCAUUGCUGAAGAAUCCAACGCUGUCCCUAAAGGAUUUACAGAGGAUCUCUACAAAAGUAAAGGGGAUGAACUUCUUAGGAAACUGAAAACUGUGAGUCAGGAUGCUAUGGUAGAUUUUUUCCAAGAAAUUGAGCACUAUGUCCCCUAUAGUUUUACUGUUUACACUUUAGACGACAAAGGGUUGCUCUGUCUGAGAAAGCGCAGCCUGUACAACAACCAGGACAUUUCAGAGCUUACAUUUCUUGUCUUGGAGGAAGGCUUGUGUUGUUCUCUCUAUGACUCAGAAGAAAUUCUCAUCAAGCCCAUUGCAGAAAUGAUCUCAGAGAAGAUUCAGUACACCCCAUGUACAAACAAUGAAGACAAAAUCAGCAUUCCUGGAUUCUUGAAGAAUCUGGCGGAGAAGAAAGUGUCAGUGUGGGUUCAGAAUGCCUUUCUGGCAAUGCAGCUGACGCAAGGACAGGAAUAUGUUGUAGAAAACGAAAACGUCUGUCCAGUGGAUUUCAGAUCAACUGGUAUUGUAGAACUGAAUAAGAAAUGGGGUGAUGGUCUGCAGCAGUUUGUUGAGAUUAAACACAAAAUCAAACUGAGCACAAUUUCAGUAGUGACAAACUACGUUUCUAACAUUUCCUUUUUUGAAAAGUACCAUGGGAAAAUAUAUGGAACAACGGGGACACUUGGGAGCAAAACAGACAUGCUGUUUUUGCAGGACCUAUAUCCAAAUCUCUGUGCCUGCAAAAUGCCAACAUUCAACAGGAAGAAGUUAUUUGAGGUCCAAGGUACUCUGAAGACCUCAGCUGAAGAGUGGAAAUCUGAACUAAAACGUGUGGUUAUGGCUCAGAUUUCCCCAAAUUCAUACAGAGAUGGAAGAGCAGCCCUGGUGAUCUGUGAAACCAUCAACAAAGCUAAAGAGAUCUACGAAGAGCUGAAAGGCAGUAUCCCAGGUGAAAUCAUUCUCUACUGCCGCAGCGACAGAGACAGUUUGAGCAAAAUAGAUAAGGAACUGCUUCCUGGUGAUGUCAUUGUUGCCACAAACCUUGCCGGGCGUGGCACAGACAUAAAAGUGUCUAAACAGGUGAACAACAAUGGAGGACUAUUUGUGAUCCUCUCCUUCCUUUCUGAGAACACAAGAGUGGAACUCCAGGCUUUUGGUCGAACCGCACGCAAAGGUAAACCUGGAUCUGCUCAGGUAAUCAUGUCCACUGAACACCUGCAGCAGUCUUUCAGGACAGCGUCUUCUCUGGAGGAAGCUAAGAGCACAAGGGAUAGACUGGCAGCAGAAAAGAUAAAUCACAUGAUGAACGAUGUCACGGAGUUGAAACUGCGGGAGGACCUGUUUUCAGAGUAUGUCAGAACUCUUGAAGAUAUUCAUAAGAUCACAGAUGUAGAUGACAAAAGAGCUGUUGUUGCCAUCAUGAAUGAGUUCUGGGGGAUAUGGUUGCAAACUAAAUCAGAAGAAAUUGACCAGUUGAAGAGAAAUGAAUUGCAAAAGAGUUUGAAGGCUGAUUUGUCAUUGGCAAAAAGUCAGUCUCAAAGUCAGACUUCACCGUGUUCUAGCAUUUAUCACUACAUCAAGUUUGGAAAUAUCGCGCUGAGUGAAAAACAAUGGGACGUCAGCACCAGGCUAUUUGAAAAAGCCAUGAAACAAGAUGAAAGUUGGGCAGCCAUAGCUUUUUACACUCAUGCGUACUGCACUAUAAAGCAGCAAAAUGCAGAUUACCUCACUAAGGCCAGAGAUGAUCUAACAAAGGCACAGGAGUCUCUGAAGUAUCUUAGUGAGGAAUCCAUGGUCUGUCUACAGUUUGUAAAGAUGUCCUCUGCAGACUCAGCCAACAGUAACCCAACCAGCCUUGAAAAACAGUUAACAACCAAGUGCAGCAUGUUGGGGUACUUUGACAAAAACAUUAGUGAGGCCAUCCAAAAGCUGGAUGAAAUAAAAGAAAGAAAUAGGGAUGCAAUGGUAAAAAAAUUACCAAUCUUCUCCCUGGUGUCGAGUGCUGACGAAGAGCUCCAAGUGGAAGCCUACCACCUCUACAGUCAAGGAUUGCAAUAUGUAUUUUCUGUGGAAGAGGAGCCUCGUUUCCCAUGGGAAGCUCUGCUGGUAUUCUGUCUUGGAGUUUUACAGAUUAUUGGAGGAGCACUGCUCACUGCAUUUACAUUUGGUACAUUGGCUCAAGUCGGCAUGGGACUCAUCACUGAAGGAAUAUCAGACUGCAUCUCUGGCAUAGAGUCCAUGGUGACAGGAGAAUUCAGCUGGAAAGCAUGGGCUAUAGAAAAAGCCAUUUCUAUAGGUGUAUCUCUCAUUGGGUUUGGGGUUGGAAAGCUGAUUGCAAAGGGCAUCAAAGCUUCUAAAAUGUUAAUUAAGGGAUUUGGCAAACAACUGAAGUCUAUGCCAAAGUUUCUCUCCAGACAGGCUAAAGAUGGUUUAAGUGUUGUCACAAAGACAAAUGUGAAGAAUGCAGUAAAACACACUGCUAAAAAAAUGGUAGAGGAAAUCAUUACCUAUGGAUUGGGGAAGGUAGAAGAGGAAAUUCUGACACAAAUACUAAACGGCAUCAAAAAUGAGCUGGAAAAGGGAAUUGUUGACGAUGUGAAAUCCAACAUAGGAAAAGAGCCCUUGGCUACGUUAGUAGACUCCAUUAUCCUCUCACACCUUGAGGAUAAAAAGCAACUUCAUGAUCUCCUGGAGGAUGAGAACAGAAAGAGUGAACUGCUGGCCAUUUUCAGAAAGUUAAGCAACACUGCAGUACAGCCAUUCUAUGCAGACCUCAGCUGGCAGAACAAGAUUAACUCGUCCAUCUCCAAAGUGAUUGACAAAGUUAAAGUCGAGGCCAAAGGAAAAGCACAUGGAAUUCUGACAGCCAUCCAAACUGUUCACAUGGCAACACUGGCAGGAGACGCCAUCAUUGCAGUGAACAGCCUCUCCGGCAGGUUUUUCUCAAACCUUCAUGAACAGCUGAAUGUAUUUAAAAAAGAAAAAGGGUUUUCAGAGAAAGUGAAGGUAAAUGAGCUGUCUGUUUCAGACACUGAGAUGCUGAAGAAAUUCAAGCAGGAUUUAGCCGACACCAUCAGUGCAACAUUGGCUGACGUUUUGGUAGAAGUGUUCCACCAGAAGUUCUCCAGUCACUUUGUUUCUCGUCUUCAAGGCCAAGUAAAUGGCGUCAUUGGCCGUUAUGUAAAAACUGGCUUAAAGAGUGACAGAACAGCAGAAAAACUAAGAGCUGGACAGAACAACAGGUACAUCGCAUACAUGCCAGGAGACCAGAAUUCUAAACAUGAAGUUGAAGGUAAACACUCACAGUCACAUGCUGAAAAGAUCAGGAACCCCAUGACUGCGGGAACUGUUCUUGAUAUCAGAGUCCUGUCAGAAACCACUGGCACUAAGGUUGUUGUCCUAACAGAGGACAGCCAUGGCAGACUUACCAAAAUGCAGGAGCUGAGCCCAGGCACUGAACCCACCAGUCAAACUGUGACACUAAUCUAUAGACCAAAGAGUGCCCAAUACCCAGACGGCCAUUAUGAUGUGUGCAUCAAUAACCAGCCAGUGAGCAUAGUCAACAAGGGCAAGAGCUGCCUGUUUCAUGCUUUGGCAAGAGGCAUGAAACCAGAGGCCAGUGAAGAAGAGAUUGCUUUGGAAGCAGCCCGCCUCCGAUCUGUGGAGGCCGACACUCUCCUCAGACACCCAGGCCAAUGGGAGUCUUUCGUCAAGCGCAAAGAGUGGACUGAAGCAAUCAGAGGAGGGGACUGGUACAUGGCAGAGGGAGCUGUACCAAAAAAAAUCAUAAAAGAAACCAAAACAAGACUUAAGAAAGAGGUUGGAACAAGUGAAUAUUACAAAGACUGGAAAAAAUAUGCAAAAAACAAUCCAGGAAUUGGACAGUUCAUCAAUGCGGAUCACCAGCCACCGGUUCAUAGUAUAUUGGAAGCUAGAAAAUUGAACCAGAAUAGCAGAUUAGCAGAAGCCAUGCUUGAAGUGGCAACAAACUCAUCGCCUCUAGAUAACAACCUGAUUCCUAGUGUGGGCAAAAAUCAUGGCCUUGAACUUCCAACUGUUUAUGUGCCUACAGAAACACAUCGUGAGUUUCCCAGUACCAAAUCAAAAGCCUUUAGAACAUGCUUAGCUACCGCCAUAAGCACAGAUGAUGUUGUGGGCACCUUCAAACUGACGAUCCUUGGUGCAAAUGUGAGAUUCAAGUUGAAUAGCACCAAGAACUUCAAAAACUUUCAGAACAGCACAAAGAGUAAAACCAGGCUUGCCAUUUUUGAAAAGAGUUUUCAGCAACACAGUACAAAGAUGGUACAGACAUGGUUCAACCUGCUUCAAGGCAAGGGAGUCAUGACAAAUGCCGAUCUUACCAACAUUACUACAUGGAUCAACAACAAGGGCUACGAUGAUCAAAACGACCCAUACAGGAACCAAGUCUCCAACCUCCUAUAAUGAAAAGUGAACCGACACCUGAGAAUAUGACUGGUGAACAAGUACCAUGAAAACUGCAGAGAUCUUCCACCUCCCUGAUGAUAACCAAGAGACCUCUCUGGAUAUUCAGUUUUAUCUAUAUGGCGCCAAUUCAUAACAGAAGUUAUCUCAUUGCACUUUUCCUACAGAGCAGGUCUAGACUGUUCUCUUUAUAAUAUUAUUUACAGAGACCCAACAAAUAUGUAUAAUGAGGAUUGCUUUUCCUUUUGGUUUAAUUCAAAAUAACACAAUUUUACUAUCCAAGGGGCUCAUUACAGAAACAAUCUUAACUGCUUGUCCUAUCUCAUCUCAAAAGUGAACGACAGGAAAAAUACAAAUUUGCCAUUACAGAAGUCCAAAGUUUAUUCUACUUUACACCCCUCUGAACUCCAUAAUGCAGUAAAACUUUAUAAAACAUAACUAUUAACGUGGCUAUUUUACACCUGUGCAGUUCUGCCAUCGGCCAUAUAAUUCGGUGGCUGUGAGUGGUAAACACCCCCACUGAAAUGUACUAUGUUACUUUUUUUAUUUGACGUGUUGUACCUGGAAAUCUAAGAGAAAUCACUAUGGUACGUGGUUAGGAUAGAAACAUAAUGUGGAAAUCAGACAUUUUAUUUUUUUUAAAUCUAUUGCUGUAACUAAUGAUCAUUUUAAAUUUAAAAUUGACAUUAGCCUACUAUGGCUGCCCAACUGUAUCUAUUUGGUAUCUUUGAGAAAAGGGGGAUGCAUAAAUAUAUGGUGGGAAAAUUAUUAAGACCUUUUAAUUAAUACAGAUGAUGCUCUCCAUUGACAGACAGGUUUGUGCUGUUUUAUAGUUAGGCAUUUUGGGAUUUUAGCUAUUACAUGUGAUAUGAUAUACAAUAUUUUUAUUUUCCAAUGUCUCUUUCUGUGCUUGUCAUUUCUUCCUAAGUAUAUUUUCCAAAUUGAAAUCCAAACUGUUAUCUGGUGAAGGAUGGAAGACAUAUCCAUCAAUGAAACCGUAACGCGAUGUGGUAGCCUCAACAAGUAGAAAAAUAUAAUCAAGCAUAAGUAUCCGUCAAUGGAGCAAGCUAGCGACUAGCUAACAUUUGCCAACUUUCAACUUAUACAGUCUGUAAUUCUUUUAUACAAGCUACUGAAACUGAGUGGCAGUUUUUCAAACACACCCCUCGUGUAUUUCAGCUCUAUGUCGUACCAGUCUAAUUUCCUUUUCUAUUGGUGUGAGCACAAAGUAACUGCUGGGGUGAUUCUGCAAGAGCUUGACCCUGGAGGAGCUCCAGAGAGGCAGAAACUGCUUGCUGGACAUCACAGAAGGCUCAGAGAAACAGUGAGAAACUGUAUGUAACUGAGGAUAAUGCUGGGAAAUAAUGUAACUAUAGAAAGGGAUGUAAUGUAGGGAAAUCAUUUUGGGAAAUAUUACAGGAUAAAGCUUGAGAUGUGCCUCAGACAUGGAUGAGUAGUUGCUGAGCUGCUGAUUGGAUGAAGAGAAUAGAGGCGGGGCUUGGAGAGGGGGAAGCAGACCUGAUCAAAUCCCUGCCACAGUUUGGAUGACAGGAAUGUUCUUAACAAAGCUCUUUGCACUUGGUGAAUUCUUCUUCCACCAUAAAGUAAUCUUGCUACCUUCAGAUCCACCAGGUUGCAUCCAGUUCACAUUUUCCUAAAUUCUGUUUAUCACUGCGCCCCUGCUCUGUGUCUACAGCAUCUCAUGCAUUAUCUUAAAAAUGGCGUCAAAUGUUUCACUCAGGGAUUCAAUGUAACUGCAAGUGCUACAGCUAAAUUAAAACUGAUGUUCUGGGUAACAAUGAACUUGCAAUAUAUUCUGUGUGUUACUUUGCACAAUGCUCUCUCAUUAUGGCCUGAAUAGCAUGCAACCGUAUGUCUGAAAUACUUCUGUCUUAAUAAAGUGAGCUGAAAGCUACA